AUGGCACCAAACUCUCGCAUCUUGAUCUGUCGACAUUCUCAAGCCGAGCACAAUGUGAGUGAGGGCUUGGACCGCUUGCGAUGUGCUAGGCUGUGGUGGUGGUGGUGGCGCUGCUCAAUAGCAACUGCAUGCUGACUUUGGCUUUCCAUGCGACACGAUCAUCGUCGUCACAGGUUGACCUGGACUACAGCAUUCCUGAUGCACCCUUGACCAGUCUGGGAAAGAAGCAGUCCGCCACGCUUCCUUCCUUCACAGCUGCAGAGCAAGGCCAGGUAGACGUCGUCCUCUCCAGCGGGCUCAAGAGGACUCUGCAGAGCACCAAGCUAGGCUGGGGUCCCGCCAUCGAGCGUCUAGGUGGUUUGAAGAAGGUCAUCGUUCUGCCCCAAUUGCAAGGUGAGCUCAGAGCCACUUCGCGUGCAGACGCUGGCUGCAUCGACCACGACUCAGUGUCGGGGCAUCCAGCUGCCGGACUUGUGCAGGCUGAUUCGACAGCUGACGAUCUCACGGAAUGGCAUCUGGCAGAAUGCAACGACUUUCCCUGCGACACUGGAUCUCCGCGCGAGGCGCUCGAGCGCGACCCAGAGUUCAGUGGCUUUGACCUCUCCAACCUGACGCCCGACUGGACCAGCAAACAAGGCUUCUGGGGUGAGCGCUUGCAUUGCGGAGGCAGCAGCAUCGGAUAGCACUGAUGCUGAUAGCGUCGGCCUCAUAGCACCCGACCCGCAAUCCAUCGCGUUGCGAGCUCAGUGGGUCAGACAAUUCAUCCGAUCGCGUCCGGAAAAGACGAUUCUGCUUGUAGGACACGGAGACAUCAUCAGACAGAUCACAGCCACUGCUUCUGGAGGACCUAGCACCUACGUGAGUGACGAAUCACCUGUACGCCUUCUGAGCGGGGGUUCAAUUGUGCUGAGUCUUCCUCCCCCUCCAUUUGAUCGCUGCAGCAAUGGAAGAACGCAGAAGUACGAGCUUAUACUUUUGACCCAGCCACAGCGGGCGCGCAAGAAUGCUUCCUUCGACCCGAGGGAGAGGUAGCGGUCGCGGGCGGCUACGCGCCAACGAGCACGGAAGCAGACAUUGUACAGGGACCAGGCGCCGCCGCCGCUGCUGGAGGUCCAAGGUGAGCGCAUACACGCAGCUGUGCUCGCUGUACUCGUUGCUGACGCACCUCGUCCGCAAAGCCUUCCAAGCUUGGGAGGUGGGGACGAUUUCAGCUUUGGGGACGUGGUGAACGACGCAGGAACACGAGCUCUGGCGGAGAUGGAGGAGCGCGUCAAGACGAAGUGAGUGCGAUGCAAAGCUUUCAUGUCGGGUGCACAUUCAGAGAUUGACGCGGUCCGCAUCCUACGUCCGCUCCAGAGCUAGCGCGGUGCAAUCGCAGACGAAUGAGUUGCAGGAGCUCGAGGCUAGACUGGCAGCUGCGGAGCGCAAGGCGGCGGAGGUGAGCAGACACCAGCGAACUUCCGGACGGAGGAGUACCCGUACUGAUCACGCCGUUCACGUUGUCGCAGCUCGAGGCUCGAGGUGUGCGUCACUAG